AGAAGUAUGAUGCAGUCGACGACAGAGGAUUGCUUAAAUAUCGCCGAGUUGGCCAACCAGCUGACUCGAGAGAAGAUAUUUAUAAGUUCAGAAAGGCAGUUGCUGCAAAACCUUAACGAGGAAGUGGAGAAGAGUGCCUUAGAAUUGCUACAGGCUGCCUGGAUAUGCUCUCAACAACGACAGAAUCUCACGGACCUGAUAAACUCUCGGUGCGAGCCCGACUCGGUGGCGGCCUGCCAGAGAGCCAGCUCCCUCGAAGGCACUACCUUCGUAGACGUAUACAAAGUACUCAAAUACAAGGAAGCCUUAGCCCUCGGCGAACUGCUAGGAUGGCUGCGCGACUCCCCCCACCUCGUCUCGCUCUGCCUUCUCCUGGGGGAAGAGCACAUGCCCCCCACUCUGCCGUGCGCGCUAGUGGCCGGGCUGUACGGCAGCUGCCGGCUCCCGGCCGACCGGACGCGGCUGCUGGCCGUCAUAAGGUCGCUGCUCAAACACCAGCUGGCCACGUCUGGGGAUCCUAGGAAAUUGUUCCGCUCCGGCAAAUGCGCGCUGGCGUCUCUAUACGGCGUGUUCCGAGACGGGCACGCGCCGGCGCGGCAGUUCCUGGUGGCGGCGCUCAACGCGCCCGUCAUGGCGGCGCUGCACGAGGACGAGUUCUUCCUGGACAUCCACCCCGACCGCGCCAUGGAGCGAUUCUCUCCCCAAGACCGCGUAAAGAAGUUCGGCCAGUCCAACACGGCUGAGUACAACGCCAAGGUGGCGCGCUAUCGCAAAUGGAUCGUGCAGCGUCUGUACCAGCUGACCAGCAAGUUCAUUACGUCGCUGCGCGAACAUUGGGCCAACUUCCCCGCGUCUAUAGCGUGGCUGAUACAGCAGAGCGUGCAUCUCAUCAAACAACACUCAAGAAUGCCAGAGAGCGAGCUGCACGGCCUAUGCACGGACCUCGUGCUGAACCACUUCAUCUGCCCCGCGAUCCUGAACCCCGAGGCGUACGGCGUGGUGGACGCGCCCGUCUCGUACAUAGCGCGCACUAAUCUCAUGCAGAUCGCGCAGAUUCUGCAGGUCCUGUGCCUCAGCAAGCACACCGAGGUGGACCCUAAGCUCUCGGACCUGUACUCGCUGUUCCCCCGCUCGUGCGUGUGGGCGCUCGUGGACGGCGUGUGCGGGGACGCGCUGGCGCCGCGCGCGCCCGCGCCGCCCGCCGACGCGGCCGCGCCCCGCACCGACGCGCCCUGCGCGCCCGCCACCGCGCUCUACUCGCAGCAGGACCUGCAUCACCUGAUAACAUUCCUGAAGCGGAUAUCCUCAAAGCUGAACAACAAUACGCCGAGCGUGACGUCAGAAGAGAUGUCCAGCGGGUCGGGGCCCGCCGAUUCCGCUGCUUACAGUGAAUCCGGCAGCGACACGUCCACCUCAGACGCCUGCGCGUCCAGCCUGGCCGCCCUCCUGCAGACCAUGGAGCCCAACUACCGCAGCAGGCUACACGACCUGCUCAGGAAGAUGCCGGACUUGGGCAAGCCGAGACAAUCUCCGCCUCAACCCGCGGACGCGGCAGAGACGCAAAAGAAGAGUAUUCUGGCGAAAGUGCCUAAACCCCGGCUGCCUCGCAGCGGCAGCUCCAACACCUCGCUCGCGACCGAGACGUCGGAACCAGAGCUCGAGGUGUACGUCAUACAGAUGGCUCGGCAGGAUGAGAGCGACUACGUCGGUCUGGUGCCCGAGUCGAAGGUGCUGGAGUGCUACUGCGGGGGCUCGGAGGGCGACGCGGAGGACGCGGGCUCCGCGCUGGCGGCCGCGCCCGGAGCCCCCGUGCAGAAACGUACGAGAUUCUCAGUGUCCCACGACGAGGUGUCGUUAGGCAACACGUCGGACAACUUGGAAGCGGUGUCGGAGGCCGCCUCCAACCACAGCGUGACGUCCAGCUUGGAGCUGGAGACGGAAGACCAGAACGAUAACCUGUCCGAUAUGGUAUCGGCCAACGUGAGCGGCCGCGGCAGCCCCAACAUCUCUGGCCGCGAGACGCCAUCUUCCCAAGUCACAGACGGAGACGCGGCGGGCGACCCGGCCAGACGGUUGCCGCAAAACGUCCCAGUGAGCCAGGCGAACAGCGCGCAGGCCAAGUUGCUCAAGCAAACCAGGAACGACAUCGAGGACAAGUUCUGCAAGUUCGAGAUCAAGAAACUCCUGGAAGGCGACGAGACUGUUAGCAUCAUGUCGGACACGUGGAGUACGGACGUGCUGGCUUCCGACUCGGAGACCAUCGGCGACACCUGCGACCACACGCUGGUCGCCGUUAAUCAGAACGUAGUGGCUAACACAAAUGCUCCGGACGUGUCCGAGACGGCUAGCGAGUCCGCGUGGUCUAUGGACGUUCUCGCGUCGGACAGUGAUCGGAACACAGAGGUGGACACGGACGACUGCGUGUCGGUCGCGGCGCGGUCCGACACCUCAUGGCCGAGGAGGCUUUCGCAGCAGGAGGAGCAAGUGCCGAUCAAACAAAAUCAGCAGAACGGCGCAUACAAAAAACCGGAAGUGAGCAACAGCCCGAAGCACACGCCGCGCCGCUACCAACCGAACAGGUCCGGCAGCGGAUACCUAACCGCCACAGCGCAACUAUCGCGCGGCGCAGAGCUCGACUUAGGUUCCACCGCCGCACCCAUGUACCCAGAGAACAGGAAGAGUAUACUCGUCAAUGGAUAUCCCGUGAUGACUUGCUACGCCACGUCGGCGCCCGAGAGCCCCGGGGCCGCCGCGCCGGCGCCCCUGCCCGACGUGUUCGACUACGGGCCACAGAACGGCGAAACCAGCCAAUCCGAGUCGACGCUGGAAGGCGCGGCCAACAGCCAGUCGGACGCGACCAGCCAAUGGGUGGACGACUCGUUCCCCCCUCCCCACCACUCGCCCGAGCGGCCCUUCCCCCCCUGCAAGUACGACAUGCCCAGCACCUCCAAGACUUACGAUGAAAACGAUAUUAUGGACAGGUCUCUAAACUCCAGCGAGAGCUCGUUCAACGCGCUCUCCGUCUCCCAGUACGACCGUCGCUUCGACUCGGGCAUCGACACGGAACGGAACGACGACCGCUCGGCCAUCACCGACCUCGUGACCAGGAUGUCGUCCGCCACCAUAUCCACCUCGGCCAACCUGGUCAACAAUGUGUCCAGGAUCGUCAAAUCGGAGAUACGGACCAGUAUUGUCAGCAUAUCGUCUUCCAGGAUCGAAAAGAAGCGCGAUACAUCGAACAUGUCCCUAAGCACGCUGUCGGUCAACAGCGAGACGUCAGUGUCCGACCGCAGCUCGAGCCAGGACGUCAACUCCGAGAACGUGACGGAGCGGCGCGUCAGCCCCCCGCCCGUCAAGCCCGCCUCCACCGGAGCCAUACCCAAGAGCAUCAGCUUCGAUGCUACAGCUGAGAAGAGUCAGAGACGGCGUUUAACAGAAGACAGUCUCGUGGGCAACCUGGACGAGUUGAAGAACAACGUGAAACGCUCCGGCGGCAACCUGCUGCACAAGAUCAAGAUGUUCAGCCGGCCCAAGGGCCGCUCGCACCAGCACCCGAACGACAUAAAGCUGGCGGAAGAGGAGGCGCUCCGCUCGGAGGCGCCGCGCGCCGAGCCCGCCGAGAGCUCGGACGAUAUCCUCGCCAAGUACCGGCGCAAGAGCUCCGGGGAGGCGCGGCGGCGCGCCCAGCGGCGCGUGUCCGACGUGCCCGACAUACAGGACAGAUGCGAAGGAGUACUGGAUCUCAACGACCCCGAGGUGUUCAACAGUAUGAAGAAGAAACUGCGGCUCGUGCUGUCCAACCCUGAGCUGUUGUGUACAGAAUACGUGCCCAAUCGCUGCACAAGCACAUCCCUGGUGGAAUGGAUGCGAGCCGCCGCCGCGGCCGCCUCCGAAACCGGCGCGUCCGCUCAAGCGGCCGAAGUGGCUCGAGCCUUAGCGGCGUCGGGCGCUCGCUGCGAGCGGCUAGCGGCGGCUUUGCGGGCAGAUUUAGAUGCGAGACGGCCGUACGCCAAGUAUUUGGCUAGCUGCCGGGCUGCGUUGACGCAUACGCUUCACGCUCUCAGACGCCAAACUAACCAGGUCCGCGCCGAGUGUAGCGCGUGCGCGCGCGCCGCCGCGGCCGCGCGGGUGCUGCAGCAGCUCGAGCGCGGCAACUCGCUGCGGCGGCUCGCGCGCCACCACUCCGCGCACAACAACCACGCCGCGCUCAAUGGAGGAGAGGUGAUGGACGAGAAGGCGAAACGACUGAUGGCCAAUAUCAAGACCCUCGUCGCCGAAGUCAAGGCGGACCCCUCGUGGGAAGGAGCGCCGGCGACUUUAAUAGAGGUGCUGGAGUUGACCGUCGAGCGCGCCGCGUUCGCGCGUCUCUACCUGAACGUGCUCUUCCCCAUCGGCGAGGGCGACUACGGCCGCGACCAAGUGGUGUCGGAGCAUAUCCGGCGGCUCGGCGCGGGGUUGACGGCGGCGCGCGCGGGCGUGGGCGCGCGCCACCUGUGGGCGGCGCCGUACGCGCGCGCGCAGCUGCUGCUCGCGCACCUGCCCGUCUACCGCACCCCCCGGGACAAGCUGCAGUGCGUGAUGCGGUGCGUCACGUGCGUGAUGGCGGUGCUCGGGCUCACGGAGGGCUCGGCGCCGGCCGCGGACGACCUCACGCCCGUCCUCGUGUUCAUUAUACUCAAGGUCAACCCCCCCUCGCUCCUCUCGACGAUCGACUUCGUCAACUCGCUGGGCGGCGCGUCGCUGCAGGGCCCCGCGCUGUACUGGUGGACGCACUUCUGCUCCGCCGUCGCGUACAUCAAGACCAUGGAGUACGGGGACUCCUAGCCCGCUGUGCGGCCCCAGAAUGGGCGUGGGAAGAAAUCAGAAAAGCAGUGGUAUCCCGUUUUUCGUAGAGAAAGGCCUCACACCGUAUGAUUAUUAUAGCAACGUU